AUGACCAUUUGCGUCAACGGUACAUGGUACAAACUACUAAAUCAAAGCUUCAAAGGUCUCGAAUCGGGUUUCGGUUAUACUGGUGGACGAACUAGAUGUUUUCCAUUUUGGCAAGAAUUCGCUAAAUGUUACGCUCAAGCAGAUGUACCGAACGAAUGUAUUGCUCCUAAAGAAGAUUAUUUAGAAUGUUUACAUAGGACCAAAGAAAUCGCCCGAGCUAAAGAAAUAAAAUCACAUUUUCAACAAAAGGUCAAACAUGAAACUUCUGAUGCUCGUAAAGCUGCCGAGAAAGCGGCAUCGGGUGUGAUCGUUUCGUUGGGUUUGGUGAAAGAGGAUGAAGGGGGUCAAUAG